UCUUUCUCCCUCUCUUAUUCCAAAAUUUUGCAGUCUCUCCUCUUCCUAGUUGUACCCAAAGCCUUAUAUCUGUUGCCAAGAUUUUGCCUUUUCUGCUGUGGCUGGCGUCUAAGCUCAUGGUUUCCAAAGAGAAGUUGAUUUCGUAAGUCUAUUUUCUUGGAACGUGUUUUGCCUCUUUUGAUUUUUUUCUUCUCUUUCUUUUUGCUCUCUCUUCUCUAGUAUUCAUAUCUAAUCAAUCAUUUCUACUUCAUACAAGUAUCAUAUAGUGUUGACUCUCUCCCUCUCUCUCACACUCACUGACAAUGAAUUAAUUAAAAUGUGUGAGGAGUGAAAUUGAAUAUAGUGGUGUUUUUGCUAACCUCUUUUGUUUGAUUUGCAUGGCCUUUUGAUCUAAAGGGAUUAAUAGACUUGUGAUGAUUAUAAAGAGUUUCAAGCUCUAUCUUCCUCAAUUUCUUGAAGUGGGUCAUUCUUCUUUCCCCUUACAAAGAUAAAUUAAAGAGGAAUUAAUUCAUGGGUUUUUCAUUUAAUUUUUUUUUUUUUAUUUCUAGGUAUGUUUUGUGCUUCUAAAAGAGUGGACAAUUUUUGACAAAAUUCCUUUACAAGAUUAGAACCCUAGGAUUUUUUUUUUUAAGAAAGCAACCCACUUUUAAUUUCAAUCAUUAAGACCCAUCUUGUGAAUCUAUAGUUAAUUCUACCCACUUUUAAUUUCAAUCAUCAAGACCCAUCUCGUUCCUACAGUUAAUUCUAUCCUUCUCUCCAUCUUUUGGUCUCCAAACAACCAAACCCAAAAAAAACCCACAUAAAAUAAUCAUCAUUAACACCCCCUAAAGAGAGGUCAUGGAGCUUUCUAGUCAAGAAGGAGGAGACAUCCCAGUUCCAAUAAACACAGCAUUCAGUGUAGGCCACAUGAUUUACCACCAUGAUCAUCAUCAUAUUCCUAAUUCUUCCAAUGGCCCCUCCAUACCCACGAGCCUAAACAAUCAUCAUCAUGACCAUUCCAACAACAAUAAUGUGCCUUACAAGAAGGUUGUGAGGUACAGAGAGUGCCUGAAGAAUCAUGCAGCAACAAUGGGAGGAAAUGCCACUGAUGGGUGUGGAGAGUUCAUGCCAAGUGGAGAAGAAGGCACCAUUGAAGCAAUCACUUGCGCAGUUUGCAAUUGCCAUAGAAAUUUUCACAGAAAAGAAGUUGAAGGUGAGCCCUCCUCCUCCUCCUCUUGGGUUGGAAGGAAACUACUUCUUGGACAACCCUACCAUCACCACCAUAAGAAUCUUUUGGGACAUGAAACUCCACUGCUGUAUCCAACUGUUAUAUCCUCAAGAGCAGCACCAACUCCACACCAAAUGAUUAUGUCCUACAACAACAAUAAUGUUGGGUCAAUGUUGCCUUCAGAAUCUGAUGAACAAGAAGAUAUUGGUGGUGGUGGUGGUGGUGGAAGGCAACCUUAUCAUCAUCAUCACCUUGUGAAGAAGAGGUUCAGGACAAAGUUCACACAAGAACAGAAGGAGAAAAUGUUGAGUUUUGCUGAGAAAGUUGGGUGGAAAAUACAAAAACAAGAACAAAGUGUUAUCCAACAAUUCUGCCAAGAGAUUGGGAUCAAGAGAAAAGUUCUCAAGGUUUGGAUGCACAACAACAAGCACAAUCUUGCCAAGAAAAUCAACGACAACAACAAUCCCACCGUUAUUGCUCCCACUACUACUACCACUACUACCACUUCUCAUAGUUAAUAUGAAGAUAAAAAUUCUCUCUUUAUUACUCUCUUCGUAUCUUAUUUGAUUGUUUUGCGGCCUUAACCCAUCUUACAUAUAAUUACUAUUGUUAGGUUAAUUAUUUACUUUC